AACAGCGGUCGGUUUAAAGACCCAUGGGAUUUAGAUUAAAUACCUUGUAAGAGAGCCGGUGAGCCUUGAGCGAGGGAGGGAGCUUGUGGAUGAUUUUUAUCUUCACCGGAUCGGGAAGGGGAGGAGGCUUCGAGAAUGAGAUGUUCUUGUAGCAGCAGCGGCACCGAGGCUGUCCACUGUGCUGUAUGUUAGCCAGCGCGCAAUUACCGGCACCGACGCAAGUACAUCGCCUCCUGAUAAAAUAGACCCGUCGGCGGCGGCGGCGGCGGCGACACCGACAGCAACAGCGACCACACAGGCUACACUUACCGUCUGGGUGCUCAGCGUUUAGACAUGAAAGUGAAGCAAGGCUGCAACUCAUCAGACAUGGGGGUCCCGGCCACAACGGAGGAGGAAUUGCUGAGAAAUCCUCUAAUAACGCCGGAGGAUGUGCUUGGGCUACAGAAGAUCACCGAAAAUUAUCUGUGCUCUCCAGAGGAAAAUGUCCACAUGAUCGACUUCACCAGAUUUAAGAUCCGGGACAUGGAGACGGGGACGGUCCUAUUUGAGAUCACUAAACCUCCAAUGCCAGCGGGCAUCAGAAAGGACUGUGACCCCAAUGCCGGCCGCUUUGUCCGAUACCAGUUCACCCCGGCCUUCCUGCAGCUGCGGCAGGUCGGAGCCACAGUGGAAUUUACUGUAGGAGACACGCCCAUCAACAACUUCCGCAUGAUCGAGAGGCACUACUUCCGCGAGCAGCUGCUCAAGAGCUUUGAUUUCGAGUUUGGCUUCUGCAUGCCAAGCAGCAAGAACACAUGCGAGCACAUCUACGAGUUUCCUGCGCUGUCUGAGGAAAUCAUCCGUGAGAUGAUCCUGCACCCGUACGAGACACAGUCCGACAGCUUCUACUUCGUGGACAACAAGUUGGUGAUGCACAACAAGGCAGACUACUCCUACAGCGGGGGGCCAUAGGAAGACUCACAAGCUUCACCCCCUCAUUCCCUCUGUUCUAGACAUUUCCUCUGACCACUUCAAUCCCCAAGGGACCAGAAACAGAUGUAGUGAUGGACAGCUCACUGACAUCGGACAUCGAACUCUCUCUCUCUCUCUCUUUCUCUCUCUCUCUCUCCUCUCUCGCUCUCACUUUUCUUGGCUGUAUUUCCAUCAGUCAUCACCUUGUGUGACCAAUCAGAUUCCCCCCUUUGCAAUGACAUCUAAUUCUGCCUGUGGUUUCACUGUGUGUGGGUUCCACAUGAUCAUUACAGUACAGAAAACUUGAGGUACAACAGGUUUUAUGUGGUUUGGAGGCCAAAAAUAUGACGAUAGAGACCGUGGUGAGAGAAAAAUAAGGCAGCAUGGCUUCCUGACCCUUACUGCAUCUCCAAGGAAAGUCAAGCAGGCAGGCAGAAACCAGCCAUGGGACAAAGAGAGAAGAAAGACGCUACCCUGAAAAAAUUAAACAGGAAAUCAGCCCAUUUAGACCUAUUUAUAUAGUUCUACUAGAGAUUUCACUGUUUUUUAAAGUCCUCGUUGAUUGAAUUUCUAGUUGCCCUUAAAUUGGACUGACAUGGUUUCCAUAAUCUAGGUUUAUCAGCGUCCCAGUAGAUCUACAGUAACUUGAAUGACUUUAGAGCAAGAAACAGAGAUACGUACUUUGUCAGUGUGAAUGUGUCAUAUGUCCUCAUACUCACAGUGCUAUGUUAGAGGAGUAUUUUUUUAGAUAGACAUUUUGAAGUGUCAGACUGUCCAUAGGCAAAAGUCAAAACCACCAGACACCAACUUUGAUAUCCAGUACAUUCUCUGUAGUACUGAAGACAUAUGUAUGCUUUAUUUAUAAUAAAUGUGGAAAAUAUAAAAUACAAUUUUAAAAUAUGUAUAAAGUUUUGACAGCUGAAAUUCCAUCACUGCAAUAAAUAUGUGAUUUUUUGGAAA